AUGUGGCCGAAGGUUAGAAUAAUAUUAUAAUAUACUCAAGAGAUCAACUGCACGAGUGCACUACUACAAUACUACAGCAGCUGAACAUUGGUGAACAUAAUAAUAUUAAGUAAUAAUAUGUUGUUAAUAUUAUUAUUAUUAUUAUCAUGAUACAAUAUUACUGUUCACGGUCGUUUGCCGAGAUUUUGGGAACCACCGGCGGCGACGGAUCGGCCGUUCCCGUCCCACCCAGCCAUCAAUACGGCGGGUGUUCGAUAACAAUAAUUUCUCCACGGUGGAGAGGAUUACGCAUACGACAACGACGAUAGCGACAACAACAAUAACAACAACAAUAACAAUAACAACAACAACAACAACAACAACAACAACAGCAGCAGCAGCAACAGCAACAACAACAUCAACAUCAACAACAAGGACGCUGACGACCGGAUGACGUUAUCACCCACUCGUCUACCGCCGCCGCCGCGUUAUCACCCUAGCGUUUUGACCGCCAUUCGACGACGACGACAAACAAGCAAACUAACUACUCCGCAGUACGAUAUUCACUCGCCCGGACGACAGCGCGCCAACCGCCACUCGCUAGACGACAGUGUCAGACACUCGGCGUCCGACGCAGCUCAUUAUAUUGGUAACCAUUACGCAGUGCACAAGCGCCAAGAAGAAGCCGCCGCCGCCGCAAUGACGUCCCGCGACCACGGUUGUUAGUUGGCCGCCGUUUGUUUGUUUGUUUGUUUGUUUACGCCCUCGAACGGGGACACCGCUGCGGCUGACGCAAUCCUGAUCCAACGGCUUGCAAAUCUGCCCGAACCGCCAUGGCCGACGACGAGGUAAACAAUAAAUAUUAUUGUAAACAAUUAAUGAUAUACCACAGCCAGGGCUGUGAUGAUGGGGGUGGGUGGGCCGCGUUCCGCAAUUGUUCAGUCGCGUUAUUCUGUUACGAUCGUUUAUCCGUAUACCAUCUCCAAUCCCGGAGCUGAUCGAAUGGUACACUCGCGCCAAUCACCAUUACCCUUGCAGGUUGUCGCUAAACUUGAAGAAUCUCAACCAAUAAAUGGUAAUAUUGAUAUAAUAGAAGAUGAUGAGCCACUACCCGUUGAUGAUUUAAGUAAAGACAAAGAUUAUGAACAAGUAGAUGAAGCUGAUGAUGAAACAACGAUGGAAGAAGAAGAAGCACUUCCAGAAUUGGAGGAUCCUUUAAGAGAAAUAAGAUUCUUAGAAGAAGAAAGUAAUAUGCCGAUUCAUGAACUUAUGGUUAUGUAUGGAUAUUCAAAAACUACUCCCCCCAGAAACCAGUACAAAAAAGAAAAAGAAAAAGAAGAUGAAGAGCUCGUCUAAGAAAAGUAAAAGAUAAAAAAAGAAAGGUAAAAUUGUAAUUUUUGAUAAAAUUAAAAAUUUUUUUUUUGUAUAAUAAUUAUUAUUUUAUGUUAGAAAAAGCUUUCAACUUCAUCUGAUGGCGUUGCAG